AUGCGAGAAAUAAUUACUCUUCAAAUUGGACAAUGCGGAAAUCAAAUGGCAACAGAAUUCUGGAAAUCAAUUCUCAAUGAGCAUAAUCUUGAUAGUGAUGGUUCGAUUCUAUCCAACCAAGAUUUGAAUGACAGAAAAGAUAUAUUUUUUUAUGAAUCUGAUGAUAAUAAAUUUAUCCCUAGAUCCGUAUUGAUCGAUCUUGAACCUAGAGUUCUUUCUCAACUAUCUCCCGUUUUUAAUCGGGAAAAUAUCUUUAUGCCUAAUGAGGGAGGCGGUGCGGGCAAUAACUGGGCACAUGGAUACUACAUCGGUCAAAAACAUAAAGAUGAUGUUAUGGAAAUUGUUAGAAGAGAGGCAGAAGGAUGUGAUGCUUUGGAAGGGUUUUUUGUUUGUCAUUCUAUCGCAGGAGGUACUGGAUCUGGCUUUGGAUCUAUGACUUUAGAACAGCUACGAGAUGAAUAUCCAAAAAAUUAUACACAAACGUAUUCCAUCUUUCCUAAUAAUGAAGAAUCUUCAGAUGUUGUAGUACAACCUUAUAAUUCUAUAUUGACAUUACAACGACUUUAUGAAUUUUCAGAUUGUGUUAUAGUUAUGGAUAACACAGCUUUAGGAAAACUUACUUUAGAUUCUCUCAAGAUUGAUACACCAACUUUUAGACAUAUUAAUUCGUUGAUUGCCACAGUCAUGAGUGCAUCUACGAGCACAAUGCGCUUUCCAGGCUAUACUUUUUCUGAUUUUGCUUCUUUACAUACAUCGUUAGUUCCUUUAAAAAAUCUUAAAUUUGUUGUGCCAUCCUACACGCCGUUUACAUUCGAGUCAAUUAGUAAAAUAGUUCGUAAAACAUCUUGUGGUGACGUUAUGCGUCGGUUGCUUUUGCAAAAAACAAGACUUGCCACAUUUGAAAAUUUUAAAACUACAUCUGCAAUUUCUAUAUUAAAUAUUCUUAGCGGAGUUGAAGACGCAUCAGAUGUACAUAAAUCAAUUAUAAAAAUAAUGGAUAGAAAUUUAAUUCAUUUUGUACCGUGGAUGCAACCCAUUUUUAAUGUAUGUCUUUCUAAACAAAAAAGCAAGGCAUCGCGGGUAUCUGGAUUAUCCUUGUUGAAUACAACAGGUAUUUCUCAUUUAUUAAAUAAGAUUAUCGGACAAUUUGAUAAAUUAAGAAAACAAAAAGCUUUUAUGGAUAUUUACAAAAAAUAUGGUAUUGAAGUAGAAAAUUUUGAUGAAUGCAGAAAUAAUAUAUUAGGAAUAAUAGAAGAAUAUAAUUCUGCUGAACACACUUCAUACCAAGAGCCAGAGAUGUAA